CGCAGCCUCGUGGUUCCUCAUCAGAUCUGUUUCUGCUGCACCACGACGGGAACUCCUGCUGUUUGUAGACUUUUUGGCGGUGGCCCUUCUGAGUGGUGGGACAUGCGCCCGUCGUCGUCCUUGUCUUGACUCGCGUCUCGGCAGCGACGAGCGACGAGCGGGGCGUCUCUCCUGGGCCUCCGGGCCGGCGGCCCGCCUCUCCGCAGAAGCGCCCGUUGCAGCCUGCUCGCCUUCUGCGGGGCGGGUUCCUCUUCGAGUCCUUGCCGGUGUUUUCUCCCAGAGCCUGGCUCGUCUUUUUGUUUCGUUUACGGUUUCUUUUGCCGAGCAAAGCGUGUACAUUUGAGUAGGUUCCGCUUGUUUAGUUUUGCUUUGGCUUCCGUCGCCUUGGGAGCUGUGCGGUGGCCGUGGAGAGGCGGCGGGCUGGGCUCGGAGGCUGUGGGUUCAGGCCCUGUUUGGAGGCUGCGCCGGUGCUCGCGCCAGGCGUGGAAUGAGAUGGCCGGGCAGGGGCCUGCCUGUCCGCGGGAGGAGCGGGAGCGGCGGAGGCGCCUGCUGGCUGUGGCCUGGGCAGGCCCGUGCGGACACUGAUGAGCUGGCCUCAAGCCCUCGGUCACCGAGCGUGAGCCACGAGGAUCUCUGGAGUUCUUUGGGACUCCUGAGGGUCCGUGCCUCGGAGCUUAGGACCCCCGACUUUAAGAGCCCUGGGAAGUACGGUUGGCUGGAGUGUGGGACAGGAGCAGGUGGGGCUCCGGGGCUGGCCUGUGCGGGCCUGGACCUGGCGGGAGCAAGGCCUGGCUCUGUGGGGGGCCCGGGGCUGGGGGAUGGUCCUGCACCUGCUGCGGGGGCGGGUGGUGGAGGGGCUCGGGGCCUCUCCUGUCGGCUUCGGGUUGGGGGAGGCAGCUGGAGAGGACUGGCAAGGCUGGAGACUCGCAUGCCAGGGUGGCAUGCGGCAGUAACGGGCCUCUCUUUCCCAGGACACGUCUUCCCAGAGUUCAAGGAGAGCGAUGCCAUGUUCGCCGCGGAGAGGGCCCCUGACUGGGUGGAUGCUGAGGAAUGCCACCGGUGCCGCGUGCAGUUCGGGGUCAUGACCCGCAAGCACCACUGCCGGGCGUGCGGCCAGAUCUUCUGUGGCAAGUGCUCCUCCAGGUGCUCCACCAUCCCCAAGUUCGGCAUCGAGAAGGAGGUGCGCGUGUGCGAGCCCUGCUACGAGCAGCUCAACAAGAAAGCGGAGGGGAAGGCCGCCUCGACGGAGCUGCCCCCGGAGUACCUGACCAGCCCCCUGUCGCAGCAGUCUCAGCUGCCCCCCAAGAGGGAUGAGACGGCCCUGCAGGAGGAGGAGGAGCUGCAGCUGGCCCUGGCCUUGUCGCAGUCGGAGGCCGAGGAGAAGGAGAGGACGAGGCAGAAGUCGGCCUACGCCGCAUACCCCAAGGCGGAGCCCGCAUCCGUGGCCUCGUCGGCGCCGCCGGCCAGCAGCCUGUACUCUUCGCCCGUGGUGAGCCCCCCCCAGCUUGCCCGUCCGCUGGACCCCCUCCCGGGGCGGGCGCUGCACCCCAGCAAGGACCUGCGUGUCUCGCGGGCGGGGGCUGCGUGCGGCCUGGAGGCCUUGCUGUCAAGACUCCAGACCCCGCACAGCCCCCCGGGCAGGCGGCGGGGCGCCUGGGGUCAAAGGUGCCGGGCCUGCCUCUGGCUCCGUGGCCGCGGCCGCACUGCGCUCCGGGCUCCGCCCAAGGUCUGUGAGAAGGGGGCACCUGAGGUCUGGAAAGUCACUCGCCAGCCUUGCGGGCUCUGCGUGGGGCUCAGAGCGGCCUGCCACCCGCCCCCUGGGGUGUCGUGGGGGCGCGUCCUGAGCCCCUCAGGCCUGGGACGGGCUCCGGCCAGCCUCCGGCGGCCCCUCACCGCUGCGCGUCCUGAGCGGCGGUGGCCGGGGUUGCCGCUGCUCCGCCGUGGCCCCUCACGCCCCGCGUCUCCCCAGAACUCGUCGGCGCCUCUGGCCGAGGACAUCGACCCCGAGCUCGCCCGCUACCUCAACCGCAACUACUGGGAGAAGAAGCAGGAGGAAGCUCGGAAGAGCCCCACGCCCUCCGCGCCCGUGCCUCUGGCCGAGCCCGCCGCCCAGCCCGGGGAGGGACACGCGGUCCCUGCGAGCGUGGAGACCCCCCUCCCGGAGGGAGACCCUCAGCCUGUCACUCCCGCCGGGGGCCCCUUUGGCGAGUACCAGAACGGGGAGUCGGAGGAGAGCCACGCGCAGUUCCUGAAGGCGCUGCAGAAUGCCGUCUCCACCUUCGUCAACCGCGUGAGGAGCAACCACGUGCGCGGCCGCAGCAUCACCAACGACUCGGCCGUGCUGUCGCUCUUCCAGUCCAUCAACGGCAUGCACCCGCAGCUGCUCGAGCUGCUCAACCAGCUGGACGAGCGCAGGCUGUACUACGAAGGGCUGCAGGACAAGCUGGCGCAGAUCCGCGACGCCCGGGGGGCCCUCAGCGCCUUGCGGGAGGAGCACCGGGAGAAGCUGCGCCGUGCAGCCGAGGAGGCUGAGCGCCAGCGCCAGAUCCAGCUGGCCCAGAAGCUGGAGAUCAUGCGACAGAAGAAGCAGGAGUACCUGGAGGUGCAGCGGCAGCUGGCCAUCCAGCGCCUGCAGGAGCAGGAGAAGGAGCGGCAGCUGCGGCUGGAGCAGCAGAAGCAGACCAUCCAGAUGCGGGCCCAGAUGCCCGCCUUCUCCCUGCCCUACGCCCAGCUCCAGGCCAUGCCCACGGCUGGCGGCGUGCUGUACCAGCCCUCCGGCCCAGCCAGCUUCGCGGGCACCUUCAGCCCGGCGGGCUCGGUGGAGGGCUCCCCCAUGCACACCGUGUACAUGAGCCAGCCCGCCCCGGCCGCCGGCGGCCCCUACCCGAGCCUGCCUGGAGCCGCAGCAGACCCCAGCAUGGUGGGCGCCUACAUGUACCCGGCAGGGGCCACAGGCGCACAGACGGCCCCCCCAGGCCCUGCCGGGCCCACCGCCAGCCCGGCCUACUCGUCCUACCAGCCCAGCCCCGCGCAGGCCUACCAGAACGUGGCCUCGCAGCCUCCGCAGAGCCUCCCAGCCGUCUCCCAGCCCCCGCAGGCCGGCGCCCUGGGCUACGUCGGGGGCCAGGCGGUGUCCGUGGGCUACCAGCCCUACGGCAUGCAGGGUCUCUUGACUGCCCUCCCCGGCCAGGACGCGCCUCUGCCGCCCCCGCAGCAGCCCUACCUCACAGGGCAGCAGCCCGUGUACCAGCAGAUGGCACCCUCCGGAGGCCCUCCCCAGCAGCAGCCCCCUGUGGCCCAGCAGCCGCCCGCACAGGGGCCGCCGGCACAGGGCAGCGAGGCCCAGCUCAUCUCCUUCGACUGAGCCUGGCGGGGAGCCCCCCCCCCCAUCCGAGUAACACUACGGUUCUGGCCGCCUGUUCUUAAGUGCGUCGUCCUCCCGCCUCCAGCUCCUCUAGGCCUGUUGUGUCCUUGCUCCGCGCGGGCCAGGGGUGGGGGGUCCUUCACCCCAGCCCCGCCCUUUGUGCCCACCUGCUGCCCCCAGGCCCCGUCCUUGUGCAUCUGCCCAGCUGGUGUCUGACUCCAUCCCCAGGGCUGGGCCUCCGGGAGGAGGGUGGAGGGAAGGCACUUCUCGGAGAGGAUCGCCCAGCCCAGCCACCCUGACACCUCAGGGCCUGUGGUCUGGGACUGGCCUGGGGACACCCCGGGCGGUCGGGCAUGUGCGCCCCCCCCCCACCGCUGUGAGCAUGAGGGGCGUGGGCCUGUCUCUAGCUUCUCUGCUUCUGAGCUGUCCUCUCACCCAGCGGAAUGGAACAGCGAGAAUAAAGUGUCUUUCAACGAG